GCAAACCAUAAAGUAGCCCUCAACUUUCAUGCUUCACUUCUACUGUAUGUUCCAACAUAGAGGCCUCACCUACCACUGAUAACUCCCUGCCCUCUUCUUAGUAGCAUAGCAUUCCUUUUGUUUUUCUUUUAAGUUUUCAUAUCGCCACCGUUGCUUCCCAGACUUCCAUGUGGCCUCUGCCAUUACUAAUUCAAUUUCCCCAAAGGGCCACUUUCUUCAACUGGACUACUGCUUAACUUAUUCAAGUUUGCUUGUUCUAGAGAAUAGCAGCAGCAGUAGUAGUUCUUAGCAGGAUUCCCAUUUAGGAGAAACCAUAAAGGAAAUCCUGCAAAAGUUCCUGUAUACUUGGGAUUCUUGAUAAAGUGGGAGUUAAUUUGGGAGCCUAAACUUGCGUACAUUUCCAAAUGUGUUUCAGGCCUCCUCUCAUAAGAAGAGAUCUAGGGUUCAGAGUUUUCUCUGUAAAGUUGUCAAAAUAAAAAGCUAUUGGAGAGAAAGGUCCCUCGUUCUUCAAUCUCAUCAAAAUAGAGUGCUGCUCUUUUUCUUCUUGCUGAUGCAAGACAAUGUAUACCUGGGCUGACAGAAGGGCAGUAUGAAUUCGGCUAAAGUAAAUUGCGUUUUAAAUUAAAAGUGCUUUCAUUUGUUUAAAAUGGCAUCCGGCCUUAACUUUGAACUGUCAAAGAGAACUCACAUCUUUCAUCUUAAGGUGUGGGUUUUAAUAGCCAUCUUUGUGGGCUUGUUCCUUGUGUUUAUUGUUUUGGUUCUGCCAUUUUGUCUGUCACGUAAAAGAUCAAAAAGAGGCAGUGCCACUCUUCCAAUUAGCCAAAUUCCCAAGGUAUCAAAGGAAAUUAAAGAGAUCAAGGUUGACCAAUAUUCAGCCAAAAAUUAUGCUGCCCAUGAUAUUGAUUUCCUUACCCUUCAGGACAAGUUUAGUGAUAAAGAUUCAGAUAAGCUUCUUAGCUGUGAAAAGGCCAUGAAUGCUGAUAAUAGCAGUCAAUAUGAUUCCUUUACUAAUUUGGAGAAAGAAGGUGUCGCGUGUGAGUCAGGGGAAAAGGGGGGCGCUGGAGCAAUAUAUAAUUCACAUCCAGUAGCUGUUUCUUCCCCUUUAUCAGGUCUUCCUGAGUUUUCUCACCUUGGUUGGGGUCAUUGGUUUACGCUUAGGGACCUUGAAGUUGCAACCAACAGAUUUUCCAAGGAAAAUGUUAUUGGUGAGGGUGGAUAUGGAGUUGUUUAUCGUGGCCGACUGAUAAACGGCUCUCCUGUUGCUGUUAAAAAAAUCCUCAACAAUAUAGGGCAAGCAGAGAAGGAAUUCAGGGUUGAAGUUGAGGCUAUUGGUCAUGUCCGCCACAAAAAUUUAGUUCGACUUCUGGGUUACUGUAUUGAAGGAACUCACAGGUUGUUGGUAUAUGAAUAUGUAAACAAUGGAAAUCUAGAGCAAUGGCUUCAUGGAGCCAUGAGCCAUCGUGGUUAUCUUACUUGGGAGGCUCGUAUGAAAGUUUUAGUAGGCACUGCAAAAGCUCUUGCAUAUUUGCACGAGGCAAUUGAGCCCAAAGUGGUGCAUCGAGAUAUAAAGUCAAGCAAUAUACUCAUUGAUGAUGACUUCAAUGCUAAACUAUCUGAUUUUGGUCUGGCUAAGCUGCUCGGUGCUGGAAAAAGUCACAUUACAACCAGAGUUAUGGGUACCUUUGGAUAUGUUGCACCUGAAUAUGCAAAUAGUGGCCUCCUAAAUGAGAAGAGUGAUGUUUAUAGCUUUGGGGUUGUGCUCUUGGAAGCCAUUACUGGAAGAGAUCCUGUAGAUUAUGGUCGCCCUGCACCUGAGGUAAACUUAGUUGACUGGCUCAAGGUGAUGGUCGGGAGCAGACGCUUUGAAGAAGUUGUUGACCCCACAAUUGAGACCAGGCCACCAACAACAGCCCUCAAACGGGCUCUUUUGACCGCUUUAAGAUGUGUUGAUCCUGAUGCUGAAAAGAGACCUAUUAUGAGUCAGGUUGCUCGCAUGCUUGAAUCAGAAGAGUAUCCAGUAUUGCGAAAGUUGCACAAUCAGGGUGGUAGAAGACGAAGAAAUCAACCAGGCUCUCAGAGGGAGAAUGACGAGACAGAUAGGAGCGAAAAUCCGAUUUUGAGAAGAAGUGACGGCUAAACAUUGCCCGGCUAGCAAAACCAUCCUGAAUGAUGAUGAACGGCCUUCCAAGGUUGUGAGCUGCUGCUGCUCGUUUAAAAGGCAGGCUCGGAAGUGAGCUUGUUGUGGUGGACUGUAUCGUUUUUGGCCUUUUUGGUCUGUCGCCUUACCUAUAUUAUAGAUAAAGAAGAUAAGAAAGAUAAAGAUGAUGGGAGGGAGCAGUACAGUAGAAGUUUGUACAGGCAGGCCUUCGUCUCUUGUUUCCAUCUUGUUAUUUACACACACACACGCACCCAAACUCCAGUAGAUAGAUAUAAUGGAUAUUAUAGGUGGUUCGCGGACGCAUAAUGCAGGUUUCUUGAAAGGUAUAAUGCUCUGUACUUGAAGGAUGUUCCAAUUUUCACGAAAAAGGUUUGUUUCAUCGUGCCAAUCAUAAUAAUAAUACGGGAGGGGGGGAGACGGAGUGUUUGCAAAAAAGAUGGUUCUACUUGGCCUGUGACAAAACUAAAAAGCAAUCAAUAAUAUCAUCCUCUUUUUUUUUUU